UAGCAUUUCCGCUUAUACAUCAAAUCAGUGAUUCGGCGCGCCUCUACCUAUCUUCUCCGGACAGAAGCCGAGAACGACGAAGCUACGGGAACUCAAUGGAGGUGGUACCGGCGGAGAGCAACGAGUCCAAGGACCUCAAAACCCUAUUCUCAUUCUACUCCAGCUAUCUCUGGAACCGAGUGGUCGGUUUCUUUCCCUCUUCGGGCUCAAACUUUCUCGGAAAAAUCUCAAAUCUCUAUCGCCAAGCGGCUCGCGCUGGUUACCGGAGUCGCAGGAAAUGUCUCCCCCUACCAUUGCCUUCCAACUCGCUCGACUCUUCUCUGGUUAUGACAGAGGCGUCUAGAGUUUAUGAGGUGUUGGAGGAUAUUUUGGAGCACAUAUUUUUGAAUUUGCAUAACAUCCAGAAGAAUUUGCAGUUUUGGCAAUCUAGGGCGGAGGGAUCAAAUGCUCGUAAAAUGUACUUCAUGAUUUUUGAGAGAGGGCCAUGGGCUUUUAUUGAUGGAACUGUUCAGCUGAUACGUAAAUGUGUUGCUGAGGGCUCUUCCAUGCAGCAGCUAUGCCAUUUUGCAUCAUAUCACAUAUCUGAGAGAAUAGAUGUCUUAAGUUGCUUAAAACAUGCGCUUGCUAUUUUCUUGGCUCAGAUUUACAUGGAAGUCGAUAGAUUUGGGGAGGAGUUAUUCAAGGAUCCUGAUAAUUCACUGCCCUCGUUAUUGGUUACAAUUAAUGGUUUAUUUUCAAAUUUGGAGGCAUCAAUUGGACAUCUACAUGCAAUGUCUCAGAGUGAUUCUUCUCUUGAAGAGAGCUAUUCAAUCCCACUACUAUUUGAGAUGCUGCCCAAAGUAAAUCAAGAAGGGUCCCAGUGGACUGAUUCUGAAGUUAGAGUUGCUAUCAACUUGAUUUAUCAAAAUCUACGGAAGUUGGACUCUUAUAUAUCUGAUCUUGUUGCCAAACAUCGGAAACCCAGGAAGAUAACUUUAAAUUGGAUCCACUAUACAUGUGGUGCAGUUGGCCUCUCUGUCUGUUCUAUGUGGGUCCUACGCCACAGUAGUUUGAUGGGAAGUUCUGACAUUGACAGAUGGAUUCGUGAAGCGCGAGACUCAACAGUUAGCUUUUUCAAUGAUCAUGUAGAGCAACCGCUUCUAUCUAUUAGAGAUGAACUUUUUGAGACAUUCAGGAAGAGGCACAAAGGUGUUAUGGAGCCUGAAGAAAUUCUGUUAACUUCCAAUUCCCUGCACAGAAUGUUGUUGGCGUUCAGUGAGCAGACCAAAGGUCAAAAGAUCCCAGAGAAUGCAUCAGAUCAGGAAAUGCUUGAAAUAGUUAUGGCCAGGUAUGAAAAGGAACUUAUGCAUCCCAUUCAGAACCUUCUUAAUGGAGAACUUGCUCGUGCUUUGCUCAUCCAGGUUCAGAAGCUGAAACUGGAUAUUGAGACGGCAAUGCUUGAGCUGGAUCAGAUUCUUAAGGCGAAUGAAAUCAACUUUGCUAUUCUGGCUGCCUUACCAGCAUUCUUUCUCUCUCUUAUUCUGCUCAUGUUAGUGCGUGCAUGGUUGAAACAGGAUACCAGAGCAGAAGGAAGAGGAAGAAUCGCUCGGCUCCAACGUAGACUGCUCCUUGUGGAGGUUGAGAAAAGGAUUGUGCAGUACCAAAUCUAUGUUGACCAAGGGCAGGAAAAAGAAGCGCAGUGCAUGUUUGGAUUAGUGUUAUAUAGCCUGGAUCGCCUGUACCAUGCGGUCGAGAGGCAUGCAAAAGCAACCGGGGAAUGGCAGUGUUUGAGACAGGAUAUUAUUGAUCUAGGAAAGCCUGGCCUUCAAACUUCAUAUAAGCUCAUAGUGACAUCGCGCAUGGACCGAAUAUAUGACUGCUUGCUGCCUUCAGUGAAACGCCAAUAGCACUUCACUUUUUCCCCUAUCCUUUCGCUUUACAAAUUGCUGUGUGAUCACAAUUUUGAGAGGUAAUCUAGCAUUUUAAAUAUCGACAAUGGUUAAAAUAAUAAAUUCACUUUGUAUUACAUGCUCUGGAUAAAGAGCUUUGAGGAGUUUUUUUUUUUUUUUUUUUCCCAAAAAUGAAAAUAACUUUUACUUUA